UUGAAUGCAGUGUUCUACAUUGUCCUACUGGAAUAAAUGAGUGAUGUGGGAACCACCUGUUCUGUGUGAAGGACAAGAAAUAAAAGACUUGAUAAAGGGAAGAAACAAAACAUCUGAUAAAUGGAAGCCAUGAAGAUAUCGAAGCGGUUCUUCGCUUUUGGGAUUUUGGCAUGCAUAGCUAUUUAUGUUGCUUACAUAAAAUGGCACUUGGAUUCCAAACCAGUCAUGGGAGCAACAGAAGGAGUUGCUGACAGCAGGGGAGACAAACUGAACCAUCAGGCACUGACCACAGAUCUCUCGGUCUUUUAUGGGAUUAUGUUUGACGCAGGAAGCACAGGGACUCGUAUCCAUAUUUUUAAAUUUACACAGCAGCCAAAAGAGACUCCCAAAUUAACCCAUGAGACGUUUAAAGCACUGAAGCCAGGUCUAUCUGCAUAUGCCGAUGAUGUUGAAAAGAGUGGCCAGGGAAUAAAAGAGCUCCUGGAGGUGGCGAAGAAGGAAGUUCCUAUGGAGCUGUGGAAGUUUACUCCUUUGGUCCUGAAAGCCACAGCUGGCCUACGGUUGCUGCCAGGAGAGAAAGCUCAGAAGUUGCUGGAUAAGGUAAAGGAGAUUUUUCAGGCCUCCCCCUUCUUCGUGAGGGACAACUGCGUGUCGAUAAUGAACGGAACUGAUGAAGGUAUUUCAGCCUGGAUCACAAUAAAUUUUCUAACAGGUAGCCUAGAUGAUCCACAGAAGAGAAGUGUAGGGAUGCUGGAUUUGGGUGGUGGAUCAACACAGAUCACCUUCCUUCCACGCAUUCAGGCAACCCUCCAGACAUCACCAGCUGGCCAUACAACUUCAUUUCAGAUGUUUAACAACACUUACAAGCUGUAUUCAUACAGUUACCUGGGACUCGGGCUGAUGUCAGCAAGACUUGCCAUUUUAGGAGGAGUUGAGGGAAAACCCUUAGGAGAAGGGGAGGAAUUGAUCAGCCCUUGUUUACCACCUGGCUUCAAAUCUGAAUGGCAACAUGCUGAGAUAGUGUACAAAAUUAAAGGACAGAAGGCAGGUGAGCCUCUGUAUGAGUCUUGUUCUAACAAAGUGGCAAAGAUGCUCUACAAAAAAGUGCAUAAAGCUGAGGAAGUGAAGGACUUGGAUUUUUAUACUUUCUCCUACUACUAUGACCGUGCAGCAGAGGUUGGUCUCAUAGAUAAAGAAAAAGGAGGAAGCUUAACUGUCGGUGACUUUGAAAUUGCAGCUAAAUACGUAUGUAAGACCAUGGAAAUCAGCCCCGGAAGCAGCCCUUUUCUCUGCAUGGACCUCACGUACAUCACCUUCCUCCUGCAAGAACUGGGCUUCCCAAAGAGCAAAGUCUUUAAGCUUGCCCGGAAAAUUGACAAUGUUGAAACGAGCUGGGCGUUGGGAGCCACUUUUCAUUACAUUGACUCACUCAAUAGACUGCAGUAUUAAAGCUCCUUGAAGGUCACUUUUUGGGAAUCUCAGUUUUUCAAAGCCCAUCAUGGGAGUGUCUGUUGAAGGGCCUGCUUUUGGCUUCCGGAGUCCUUUGGGAGGUCAUCGUAAACUAGGCCCCUUGCCUCCCACCCUCUGCAAGUCCCCUCCAUCACUAGCUCUUUUUUACAGUGCAGAGUGCAGUGUAUAAAGAAUAAGCCUUGAUUUGACAGCAUCUGCAGUCACCUUGAAGUAAAACUUGAUCAUUGUUGAAGGAAAACUAGGACUCUGCAGGACACCUAUGAUCUCUAUGAGAAAAACACACCUUUUUGGAAUAUGCCUCUACUAUGUGCUUGUAUUGUGCUGAAGUCGCUGUAGGAAAUGGUCACUCCAGAAGGAACUCUGCUCUCCUGAUUUCAGGGUGGUUUUUUCCUGUUUGUCAGCAGUUUUCAGUGAUGAUUUUUCUUUUACUACUUCCGUGUUUGAAGGUCAACUUGUGUGUGUGCGUGCAAAGACAGUGCAUUAACACAGAUGUGCUCUUUGAAAUGCAGAGCGGAAGUCUUGCCUCUGCUUUUCCACUGGCUGAAUUAGAAAAGCUCAGGAGCACUCUAGAAACUGGAUACGGACUUUGAGGCAUGAAUCAGAGCCUAUAUGCCCAGCGAGUUAAAGCCUACAGCCUAAUGUUGGUUCCCUGGCUAUUGGGAGACAGAUGGUGGAAGACAAGCGUCAGAUUUGCUGGAUCGAGACGAGCAAGGCCUGGGAGUUGGGUGUAGGGCUAAUGGUGGAUUUGCCAGUGCUAGGGUCGAUUAGGGUAAGAUCGAUGAACAAGACACAGCCACAAAAAUAAAGCUUGAGCACGGCUUCUUGGACCUCACAGACAUUCUGUGCCUUGGCAAGUUCGAUGCAGGGCCCAGGAUGAAUGCAUUUACGUGGUGUUUUUGGUGCCGCUUCCUGCAGAUGAUAAAUUAAUGUAUUGUGGUUGCACUGAGCCGUGGCAGGGUAGCUGCAAUGCACCACUCCAACAGCAUCCUGUACGCCGGCUGAAAGCGAUCUCGGAGGCAGCAGGAGCUGGAGAGGACAUAUUGUGCUAUUUGUAAUCUAACUGUGGAAUUGUGUUGUAUUUGUAUGGAUGUUUAGAGCAGGCCCGAGUGGUCUUUUGGGGGUGCGAAAG